GCAGGAAGACGCAACAAUCAAUCGAAUCAACGAUCCAAACAAAAACAUAGGAAAACCGACGUUCCUCGUUGUUGGUCCCUAAACUACAACACUAUGCAAAUGGCUGGAAUGUCAAAGGAGGAAGUGACUGGUAGUCCUAAAUGGGGUGCUUCAAUUAUUAUGCAGACAACAGAGGAUGUGGCUAGAGCUGUUGCUUCUGCUGUGAAUUCCCCAAGGCCAUCUGUUAUAUAUUCAUCAAAAAAUGAUCAAGGUGGAAAUCAACUACAAAAGCUGCAGUAUCAAGUUACAAAAAUGAUAAAAGGAUUUUCUCGCCCUUCUGAAGUUAAAUAUAAUAAUUACAAUCCCGAAAUACUGACAACUCAGAAGCGUCAAUGGGCUGCAAACUUUCAGUUACAGUACAUGGACCAUAGGUCAUGGAAGGAGCCAACAAAGCUGUUUGAAAGCAUGGUGGUUGUUGGACUUCAUCCUAAUUGUGAUAUUCAGGCACUGCAAGCGCAAUAUUUCUUAAGAAAGUCUGAAGGCCCUGGUAAAUUAAGAAGUGCUCUUGGUUAUCAGAAUCAAUCCCGUGUGGGGCCUAUUCUUGAACCUCAGGUCUUAUUUGUUUACCCUCCAGAAAAACAGCUGCCUCUUAAUGACAAGGAUCUUCUCUCUUUCUGCUUCCCUGGAGGCUUGGAGGUUAAUGCUGUUGAGAGAACACCUUCCAUGAGUGAAUUGAAUGAAAUUCUUUUUGGGCAGGUAUUUAUGAAAUGUUUUUCUUCCAGUAAUAUUAUGCAGUGUGCAANGUAA